AUGGCCACUCACGGGGAGGCCUCCGAGGAGCGGAUUUCCGAGAUUGAUUAUGAGUUUCUCCCUGAGCUCUCUGCUCUUCUCGGUGUGGAUGCAGUCCAGCUCGCAAAGAGUCAAGAAGAAGAGGAGCAUCAGGAACGAAUGAAAAUGAAGAAAGGUUUUAACUCGCAUAUGCGUAGUGAGGCCAAGCGAUUAAAGACUUUCACGACCUAUGACACUUUCAGAUCAUGGACGCCACAGGACAUGGCAGCUGCUGGGUUUUACUUUACCAGGGUGAAACUUGGGGUUCAGUGCUUCUGCUGUAGCUUAAUCCUGUUUGGUACCAGCCUAAGGAAAACUCCAAUAGAAAGCCACCAGAAAUUCCGUCCAGGAUGCGAGUUCCUUUUGGGCAAAGACGUCGGUAACAUCGGCAAGUACGACAUAAGGGUGAAGAGUCCCGAGAAGCUGAGAGGUGGCAAAGCAAGGUACCAAGAGGAGGAGGCCAGACUGGAGUCCUUUGAGAACUGGCCGUUUUAUGCCCAUGGGACAUCGCCCCGUGUGCUCUCAGCAGCUGGCUUUGUCUUUACAGGUAAAAGGGACACUGUGCAGUGUUUCUCCUGUGGUGGAUGCUUGGGAAACUGGGAAGAAGGAGAUGAUCCUUGGAAGGAGCAUGCCAAGUGGUUCCCAAAGUGUGAAUUUCUUCAAAGUAAGAAAUCCUCAGAGGAAAUUGCCCAGUAUAUUAAAAGCUACGAGGGAUUUGUCCAUGUAACGGGAGAACAUUUUGUGAAUUCCUGGGUCAGAAGAGAAUUACCUAUGGUGUCAGCUUACUGCAAUGACAGCGUCUUCGCUAAUGAAGAACUAAGGCUGGACACCUUUAAGGACUGGCCCAACGAAUCCCCUGUGGCUGUUGAAGCUCUGGUCAGAGCAGGCCUUUUCUACACAGGCAUAAAGGAUUCUGUCCGGUGUUUUUCCUGUGGAGGAUGUAUGGAAAAGUGGGAGGAAGGGGACGACCCACUAGAAGAGCACACCAGGUUUUAUCCCAAAUGUCUCUUUCUCCAAAACCUGAAGUCCUCUGCAGAAGUGAUUCCUGACCUUCAGAGCCACUGUGCACUUCCAGAGGCCAUGAGCACCACAGGUGAAAGCAAUCAUGAGGAUCCAGUGGCCGUUCACUCUACGGUGGCAGACCUGGCUCAGAGUGCAGCCCAGUGGAUUCAAGAGGCAAAGAGUCUGAGUGAGCAGCUGAGAGGAGCCUACACCAAGGCCACUUUCCGCCACCUGAAUCUGCCAGAGGUGUGUUCUGGCCUCGGCACUGACCACUUGCUCGGUUGUGACCUGUCCAUGGUUUCAAAGCACAUCAGCAGGCCGGUGCAAGAGGCCUUGAUGCUUCCUGAGGUCCUCAGCAAUCUCAACUCCGUCAUGUGUGUGGAGGGGGAAACUGGUAGUGGGAAGACAACCUUCCUGAAGAAAACAGCUUUUCUCUGGGCAUCAGGAUGCUGUCCCCUGCUGAACAGGUUCCAGCUGGUCUUCUACAUCUCCCUGGGUUCCACCAGACCAGACCAGGGGCUGGCUGACAUCAUCUGUGGCCAACUCCUAGAGGCAGGAGGAUGCAUUAGUGAAGUGGGCCUGAGCAUCAUCAUCCAGCAGUUAAAACACCAGGUGCUGUUCCUGUUGGAUGACUACCAUGGGAUGGACUCACUGCCCCAAGCCAUAGAAACCCUGAUUACAAGAAACUACUUGACCCGAACCUGCUUAUUGAUCACUGUCCAUACAAACAGGGCCAGGAACAUCCGCCCAUACCUAGAUACAAUUCUAGAGAUCAAAGAGUUUCCCCUCUAUAACACUAUUUAUGUAUUACAGAAGUUAUUUUUCCAUAAUAUUUCACGUCUGCAAGAGUUUAUGAUUUACUUUGGGAAGAAUGUAGAUUUACAGGGAAUUAACAAAACUCCUCUCUUUAUGGCAGCAGUCUGUACUGACUGGUUUCAAAAUCCUUCUAACCAGGCCUUUCAUGAUGUGGCAGCUUUCAAGUCCUAUAUGAAAUAUCUUUCCUUAAAACACAAGGCUACACCUGAGCCUCUCAAGGCCACUGUAUCCUCAUGUGGCCAGCUGGCCUUGAGAGGCCUUUUUUCAUCUUGCUUUGAGUUCAGUAGUGAUGAUCUCACAGAAGCAGGUGUUGAUGAAGAUGAAGAUCUGACCACCUGCUUGAUAAGCAAAUUCUCUGCCCAGAGACUGAGACCAGUUUAUCGGUUCUUAAAUCCUUUGUUCCAAGAAUUUCUUGCUGCCAUGAGGCUGACUGAGCUCCUGGGUUCAGAAAGGCAUGAAGACCAAGAUUUGGGACUUGGCUAUUUGAGAAAAAUUAACUCACCCUUGAAGGCUGUGAGUGUCUACAGCAAUUUUUUUAAGUAUGUCUGUAGCCACCCCUCAUCAAAGGCAGGGCCAAAAAUUGUAUCUCAUUUGCUUCAGUUGGUGCAUGAUAAAGAGUCGCUGGAGAACAUGCCUGAAAAUGAGGAUUAUGUAAAGCUCCAUCUAGAAACUUCUCCGGUGAUGCAGUUAAUUAAGGAAUUGUGGCAGGUAUCUCCUGAAGGUUUCUCUUCAUUCGUUUCAGAACAUCUAUUGAGCAUUGCUCUAAACUUUGCUUAUGAAAGCAACACGGUGGCUGCCUGUUCUCCAUUUAUUUUGCAAUUCCUUCAAGGGAGAACACUGGCUUUGAAAGUACUGAAUUAUCAGUACUUUGGGGACCACCCAGAAAAUCUGCGACUGUUGAGGAGUGUAAAAGUCUCCAUAAAUGGAAAUAAAAUGGAACCCAGAGUACAUUACUCAGUCAUGGAAAAAUGUUUUGAAACAUUACAGCCACCAACCAUAGAUGAGGAUUAUGCAUCUGCCUUUGAACAUAUGAAGGAAUGGGAGAAAAAUUUGGCUGAAAAAGAAGAUACUGUGAGAAAUUUUAUGAAUAACCGACCCCUGCAUCCACCCAAUAUCAGUGCUGGUUAUUGGAAACUGUCACCCAAGCCGUACAAGAUCCCUAGGCUGGAAGUCGGAGUGGACAACAUGGGUCCAGCAGACCCAGCACUGCUCCGGGUCCUAAUGGAAGUCUUCUCGGCAUCACAGAAUAUCGAGCUCCAUUUGAAGCACAGCAGUGGCUUUCUUGAAAGUAUACACCCAGCUCUGGAGCUGAAUAAGACCUCUGUUACCAAGUGCUCCAUGUGCAGACUGGAGCUCAGCGCAGUAGAACAGGAGCUGCUUCUCGGCCUGCCUGCCCUGCAGUCUCUUGAGGUCUCAGGGACAAACCAGUUACCAGAUCAACUCUUCGCUAGCUUGAACAAGUUCUCAAGCCUGAAAGAACUGUCUGUGAGACUACAUGGUAUACCAGAUGUGCUUUCGAUCAUCCCUGGAGAUUUCCCAAACCUCCACCACAUGGAGAAGUUAUCCAUCCAAACCUCCACAGAGUCUGACCUCUCCAAACUGGUUAAUUUGAUCCAGAACUCUCCAAAUCUCCAAGUUUUCCAUCUGAAAUGUGAUUUCUUUUCAAAUUGUGAGUCUCUCAUGAUUGUGCUUGCUUCCUGCAAGAAACUCAGAGAGAUUGAGUUUUCUGGACGAUGCUUUGAAGCCAUGCCAUUUGUCAUCAUUUUGCCAAAUUUUGUGGCUUUGAAGAUACUGAAUCUUAAAGACCAACAGUUUCCAGAUAAGGAAACAUCAGAAAAGUUUGCACAGGCUCUGGGUUCUCUCAGGAACCUGGAGGAACUGCUCCUUCCCAGUGGGGACGGGAUUCACCAAGUGGCCAAACUGAUUGUCCGGCAGUGUCUGCAACUUCAGUGUCUCCGAGUUCUUGCCUUUCACCGCACCUUGGAUGAUGACAGUGUGAUGGAAAUCGGCAGUGCAACCAGCGGAGCUUUCCAGAAACUUGAGACCUUAGAUCUUUCAGUGAACCACAGGAUUACAGAGGAAGGGUACAGACAUUUCUUUCAAGCCCUGGACAACCUGCCAAAUUUGCAAAUGCUCAACAUUUCCAGGCAUCUCCCAGAUUCCAUCCAAGUUCAGGCCACCACUGUCAAGGCUCUGAGUCAGUGUGUGUCCCGACUGCCCAGCCUCAUCAGGCUUCAGAUGUUCAGUUGGCUCCUGGAUGAAGAGGACAUGACAGUGAUUAAUGCUGUGAAGGAGAGACACCCUCAGUCCAAACGCUUGACUGUCUUCUGGAAGUGGAUAGUGCCCUUCUCUCCUGUCAUUCAGAAGUGAAGGAUGCAGCUGAAGAUUACUGGCAGUUCUAAAUAGCUAAUUGUACUGAGUUGUUUUUGCUCUUUUGGGAGGGGUGCACCACCCAGCUCCCAAAUAAGUCACACACAGAGGUUUCUUCUUAAUUAUAAAUCCCCAUCCUUAGCUUGGCUUGUUUCUUGCCAGCUUUUCUUUUACUUUUUUUUUAAGUUUUUUUUUCUCAUUUUUCUUACCAACCACAGUUCCCACUCUCUCUCCUCCCCAAGCUCCCUCCUACCUCACCCCACCCCUCCACCCAUCCACUUCUCAGAGAGGGUAAAGUCUCUCAUGGACUGUCAAUAAAGUCUUUGCUAGCUUUUCUUAACUGUAAUUUAUUCCCAUCUACCUUUUGCCUCUAGACUUUUACCUUUCUUCUUACUUCUGUAAAUCUCACUUUCACUCUUACUCAGUGGCUGGCUGUGUGGUUGGGUGGCUGUCACCUAGUACCUUCCUCUCCUUGAUGUCUCUUGCUCUUUCUUCCUUUCUCACAGAUUUCUCCUUCUAUUUAUUCUCUCUGGCUUCUAGCCCCACCUAGCCUUUCUCCUACCUCUCUAUUGGCCAUUCAGCUCAUUGUUAGUGUAUCAGGUGUUUUAGACAGGGAAGUAACACAGCUUCACAGAGUUAAACAAAUGCAAUGUAAACAAAAUUAACACACCUUAAAAUAAUCUACAACACCUAAUUUCCCAAUACAUUUUACUCUUGCUGAGUAUGGUGUUACACAUCUGUACUUUCAUCAUAUAGGAGACUGAGGUGGGAGAAUCAAGAGGUUCAGGCCAGCCUCAGUUACAUAGGAAGAUCCUGUAUCAAAACCAAAGGCAUAACUAACCACCAUAUUAAAGGAUAUUCAUUAACUGUGUAGGCUGAUGAUUUAUUAAAGCCUGCAUGCCCAUCACUGAACUUAGAGCUAUGAUGAGCAGUCCUGGUAUGGUCCUCUUGUCUAAGGACUAGAGCCUCACUCAAGUUCGUAUGACGAACCCACCAUUACCAAGGUCAACAGGAGAUGGGGGGAACAAACAUUGAUCUGUGUAAAAGUCACAACAAGGAAGGCGCAUUUGAUGGAGGUAAGAAAUGGCCAGUUUAAGGAUGAGUCCGUCCCACCCAUGAUGAAGCACGAGUCGACUUUAGCACAGGAUGCAGACGACUCUUUCCAGAGAUGCUCUUUAGUCUUUGCAGAGCUUUCGUAUAGUCACCAGCCUUGGUGUGGCCAUGCUUGCUCACACCAUCUCCCAUCCAUUGCCAAUGUAAGGGAGAAAUUGGGCUUAGAGAAAAUUGCUUUUGUUUCAGAGGCUGUUGAGAGCUUUGCAUGUGAUGUAAUGACCUUAAGUCUUUCUUUCUUGUUCUUUUCUGUUGUUUUGAGAUAGGAUUUCACUAUGUAGCUUUUUUUUUAAGCUUUUAAAAGAAGCAUUUAUUUGUAGUAUGUGCAUUACAGGAAACACAACACAAGAAGCCAAGAACAGCCCCCUAGUCACAAGCAGCUCAGCUCGAUGUGUCCUUCUAGAUGCUGCAAGUGUACAUACAUUUAGGGAAUUGAGAUUAUACAGUAUGUACCAUGCUUUCCCCCACACUGCGAAUAUUCAUGAACUAAAAACCCCACGCUACAGGAGUAUUUUGAUAACCAAGAAUACAUCACGCUAUCUCAAUCUGUUAGACAAAACUGUAAUCCUGUCUUCCUUGGCAACAAAAAUUUCAUAGAAGACAAAAAUGGCAGCAGGCUUCUAGAUAGAAUCACUGGCGAAGUUACAAUUAAAAUUCUG